CUCACAACACUCCUCCUCCUCCUCCUCUUCCUCCUCCCCCUCUUCUCCCUCCUCCCCCUCCUCCACAAAGACUACAUCCUCUUCCUCUCCCUCGGCCCCGGCGGCACCCCCCCCACCCCCCUCGGCUACCUCCGCAUCAAAUUCCUAUCCCUCUUCGCCCACCCGCAUCCCCGCCGCGCCUCCCCCCUCCCCCCCACCGCCGGCUACCUCCAUCCCUCCACCCUUCCCCCCCGCCGCGGAUCCCGCCCCACCGUCGUCGGCAUCGCGCCCCACCGCCAAACGAACCAGCACGCCCACGCGCCCGAGUUCGCGAUGCUAGAGCGGGCGAUCCGGCGGGUCGCGGACGAUCCGGGGAACGCAGCGGUGUUUGGGGUGAGUUGCAUCGAAAAGCAUGGGCCGGCACUGUUUAGCUGCUCAGAGACACGCGAGGGGGGAAGCGGGGCGGCGACGACGGAUCGGGAUACGGAGCUGCUGCACGCGCAUCCGUGGGACGGGUCGAUGCACAUCGUGCUGCAUCCGGGGGACGUGCGGGUGGUGUUAAUGCAGGGGUGGGGGGAGCGGCAUCCUCUGGGGAGGGGGGGGUGGUUGCGGCAGUUUGUGCCAGAGGAUUUUAUGCUAAUAUACGCGCCGCGGAAUGCGGAGGAGGUGGAGAUCGUGAUGCGGAUUGUGGAGGCGGCAUGUUGGUGGAGGAGGGGA